GAACCUCUAAUAAAUAAAAAGAUAUUAACCGCCCCAACCGGUUACUGGUUUGGAGUCCCCAUGGAGUUUGGUCUAUAAAUAGCGGUUGUCAAAGGGCGAGAAUCAUCAAGCCGUUCGGAUCACCGCUUCUUUUGGGGUCUGGUUAGAGAGACGCAAAGCUCAAGUAAAUGGAGACUUUUCUGUUCACCUCUGAAUCUGUGAACGAGGGCCACCCCGACAAACUCUGUGACCAGAUCUCUGAUGCGGUGCUAGAUGCUUGUCUUGAGCAGGAUCCUGACAGCAAGGUUGCCUGUGAAACAUGCACCAAGACCAACAUGGUCAUGGUCUUUGGAGAGAUUACCACCAAGGCCAAGGUUGAUUAUGAGAAGAUAGUUCGUGACACAUGUCGCAACAUUGGAUUUGUCUCAGAUGAUGUUGGUCUUGAUGCUGACAAAUGCAAGGUCCUAGUUAACAUUGAGCAGCAGAGCCCUGAUAUUGCUCAGGGUGUCCAUGGCCAUUUCACCAAGCGUCCAGAAGAGAUUGGUGCUGGUGACCAGGGCCAUAUGUUUGGUUAUGCCACUGAUGAGACGCCGGAGUAUAUGCCAUUGAGCCAUGUCCUGGCCACCAAGCUUGGAGCUCGCCUUACUGAGGUUAGGAAGAAUGGCACCUGCCCAUGGCUAAGACCUGAUGGAAAGACUCAGGUAACUGUCGAGUACUACAAUGACAAUGGUGCAAUGGUCCCAGUCCGUGUACACACUGUCCUCAUCUCCACCCAGCACGAUGAGACUGUCACAAAUGAUGAGAUUGCCGCUGACCUCAAGGAACAUGUCAUCAAAGCUGUCAUCCCUGAGAAGUACCUUGAUGAGAAGACCAUCUUCCACCUUAACCCAUCUGGUCGUUUUGUCAUUGGUGGUCCUCACGGUGAUGCAGGACUAACUGGACGCAAGAUCAUUAUUGACACCUAUGGUGGCUGGGGGGCCCAUGGUGGUGGUGCCUUUUCAGGAAAGGACCCAACCAAGGUGGACAGGAGCGGUGCUUAUAUUGUUAGGCAGGCAGCCAAGAGUAUUGUAGCAAAUGGUCUUGCUCGCCGGUGUAUCGUGCAGGUUUCCUAUGCCAUUGGUGUUCCUGAGCCUUUGUCUGUCUUUGUGGACACCUAUGGAACAGGAAAGAUUCCUGACAAGGAGAUUCUCAAGAUUGUGAAAGAGAAUUUUGACUUUAGACCUGGAAUGAUGACCAUCAACCUAGACCUGAAGAGAGGAGGCAACAGGUUCUUGAAGACAGCUGCCUAUGGACACUUUGGAAGAGAUGACCCAGACUUCACCUGGGAGGUCGUCAAGCCCCUCAAGUGGGAUAAGCCUCAGGCUUAAGUGUGAUUUAUCCUAUCCCUGCUGUCGGUGCUUGCUUUGGCUGGUUGAUGAAUAAGUUGGCGUGUUUCUUACUGCUGCACUACAAAUCUAAAAGUCUGCAAUGGUCUAAUCUAAUACAUAAAAUGCCCUAUUCAAUUUUAUUUCUUUUUUACCACGUUUCAUUUACCAGUGUUGGUGCUAUAAAAAUGUAGGAGAAUUUUGUUUAAUUUGAUUGCACUGGAAGUAAUUGAGCUGUCUUGCAGCAGGGCAGCGGCAAAAUGUACUAAGUAGUUAUUUUGGCUAAACAAAUUAUUGUUUUUACUUC